AUGCCCACACGCGCAUCAGCAGUCGUUCAAUCCCUCUUCCACUUCUCCAGGACACUCUCAUCCAAACCCACUACCGCACGCAUCUCAUCACGUCAGCCCAUCCGCAAGUUCAGCAUCAUGGACAAUGUUGUCAACUUCUACUCGGGCCAGCCCCCACUGAACCGCGUCUCGUUCCAGCGCUCUGAUGCGAGCAAGCUCAACGGAUACCUCCCAAGGGCCAAGUUUAUGCUGUUUUUGAAGGGCAACCCUCUCGUCGAAGCAGGCAAGAUUGGGACUCCGCUGUUCCUCGACUAUGCCCAGGUGGAGCAGUACCUCGCGGGAGGUUAUCAGUCGGUACCGGAAAGUGUGACAGACGCUCGUGCCAAGAAGGCGUACGAGAGCAUCCGACUUCCCAACACGUUGCCGACCUUGCUCUUCCUGGGCAUUGACGAGCGCUUGGCGCCAAAGGGCGAGGACUUGCACGCCCCCACCGGCGUGCCGUACUUUGCCCUCGACGCAUCUGCGAUUGGUCUGGACCUUGCUUCGGUCAAUGGCGAGUGGGGAGACGCUCGCGCGUCCGGUGCAAUGAUGCCAGCCUGGGAGGCAGGCCUGUUUGCGUUCGCUCGUCCCCUUAUCGACUGGAACUUCCGCCACAAGUUCUGCCAGGCAUGUGGCGCCCAGACGUACUCCCUUUGGGGCGGCUGGAAGCGUAACUGCAUCACCUCGGUCGAGCCCGUCGAGGGCAAGACUUGCUUCUCGACCACGGGACUGCACAACUUUGCGUACCCCCGUACGGAUCCUGUCAUCAUUAUGGGUAUCCUCGACUCGACCGGCGACAAGAUGCUUCUCGGUCGUCAGAAGGCUUGGCCCAAAGGCAUGUACUCUUGCCUUGCUGGUUUUAUUGAGCCUGGCGAGUCGUUCGAGGAGGCCGUCCGUCGCGAAGUCCUGGAAGAGGCCGGUAUCGAGGUCGGCCCCGUGCGAUACGGCUCGAGUCAGCCGUGGCCGUACCCUGCCAACUUGAUGGUGGGCUUUUACGGCCGCGCACAGGAAGGCCAGCAGAUCCGUCUUGACCUGGACAAUGAGCUCGAGGACGCCCAGUUCUUCCCGCGCGAAGUCGUGGCAGCCAUCUGCAACUCUGCCUCGGGGUCAAAGUUUACAAAGGACGACUACAAGCAGCUGGACAACGUGACAAAGGGCAAGGUUGACGAGUCGGCCCCGGCAGACGACUAUGCCCACUUUACCCGUGUUCCCCCAGAGACCGCUAUUGCUGGUGUCCUCAUGCGCCAGUGGGCACUGGGCCAGCACGCAAUGCACCUCGUCAGCAAGAUCUAG